AAGGGAAAAGAAAUUAGAGUACGGCGUCGUGGUGUUGGUGCAGGCUUUCAGUUGUCCCUGCCGCCAACCCUCCGAACAAAAAUUGCAGCGAGAAUUUUAGACGGAGCAAAGAGAUGUUGGAAGCGAAGAGGUUGAACAAGGCUGUAGUUCCUGAAUCCCUUAUUCCUCACCCUUCUCCAGCUAACCUCCGUUCCACCCGUCUUGCAGUCCAUGCCAAUGGAGACGCUUCAUCUUGCUGGGUUUACAUUGCAUCUGGGUCCCGUAUUUACAAACUCCGAAUUCUGAUGGAUGAUUCAUUUGUUGCUAGAGGAAAAGAGAGCCUUCUAAUCCCUGAACGAACGCAGGUAUUGGACUCAUCAGUUGUUAAUCGCUGUCCUCACCGGUCAGAAAUUCAGAGUAUCAUGCUUGCUGAAACUGAAAGCAAGGAUUGCUCAAUCUUGGGAAGUGUAGACUCUUAUGGUACCCUUAUUGUUUCUAAAUUGGAUGCUAGUGGUGCAGAUGUAGAUGGUUUUACAUAUUCAGUAUCCCCUCGCGAUUUUGGUGUUGGAGAAGGCAGUUGGGCAGGUCUUUGCUUUAAUCCAAAUCAAUUGUCCAUGGCAGCUGUGGCACGCAGCUUCUGCAAGAGCAUUGAUAUUUAUGACCAAGAUAUUUAUCUCCGCACUUUACGUACAUUGUGGUAUCCAUCUUCGCUAAUUUUUAUGGACAAUUUUAAUGAAAGUGGAGGUUCAAUGCUAGCCAUCACAGAGGGUUCCCAGCUGAGUAUAUGGGACUUGCGAAUGAAAGAAAAUGGGGGUUGUGUACAUAGAGUAAUGGGAUCUGUUGGAGACAUGUUAUAUGCAGUCAGUAUAUCUUCAUCUGGUAAUAUUGCUGCUGCUGGGGCAGAUCGCACUGUGACUAUCUAUGAUCCACGUAGAUGGUCAGCAUUAUCCAGAUGGCUGAAUUGCUCAAAGUAUGAGAUAACUGGACUUACUUUUUCAUCUGUUGAUCCUAAUUAUAUCUACGUGCAAGGAGUUGAUUAUGAGGUUCUCUGUGGACAAUGGAGAGAAAGGGAGAAGGCGUUUUCAUUCAGAGGGGAUUCAAACUGGCUUGGAUUUAGCAAGAGUUCCAAUAGGGAUGUUUUGGCUGGAUGGUGCGACUCAGGCAGCAUAUUUGUUGCAGAUGUUUCCUAGAUGUAUUGAAUUAACAUUGAAGAGGCGCGUCCAUAAUGGAACUUGGUGCUAAAUCGUUCAGUCUUGGUUUUCAUUUCCCAUCAAAUCCAUUCAACAGAAGGAGAGAUGCAUGAGCCACCCAGGAGUCCUUCAGAUAAAGUGUCGAUAGCCGGAGUUUUGAGCUUUCCAUCGAACUUGAAUUCUUAUUUAGUACUUGUAUCAAUGCCAAUCCUUAAAAAAGAAAAUAAUACUUUUUUCUUUUUCAUAAAUAUUUGAGAAGAAGAUGAAAAUGCUGGGAUAAAUGCAAGAGAUACAGAAUAUUCAACUCAGAAGUAAUAAAACCAAAAUUGUGUCUGCAAAAGAGUGUACAUGUUGGA